UUGUGCAAGAACAAAGGGACCAAGAUGUGCAAGAACAAGAGAACCAAGAUGUGCAAGAACAAGGAAAUCAAAGUUCAGAAAAUGAAUACUAUACAGAAAAUGAAGAGAGACAAUAUAGUGCUAAGUCAAUCAAAAAAGAACUUAGAGAUUCAAGUAGCAAUAUUAUCAAUGCAAAUUUUACUG